CUCCAGUUGGUCAGGCUGGACUCGAACUCCCGACCCCAGGCAGAAGAUGCUGAUGAAGUUAUGGGUAAAUACCUAUCAGAAAAACUAAAAUUGAAAGACAAAUGGCUUGGAGUCUGGAAGACUAAUCCCAACGUAUUCUUUGUGAAAUAUGAAGAAGCUUCUAUCCCUUUUGUUGGUAUACUGGUUGAGGUAACUUGUGAACCAUACCAAGACUCAUCAUCUCAUUUCAAAGUUACUGUUUCUGUUGCUGAGCCCUUUUCUUCCAACAUUGCAAAUAUUCCAAGAGAUUUGGUUGAUGAAAUUUUGGAGGAACUGGAACACAGUGUGCCUCUUUUGGAAGUGUAUCCUGUUGAGGGACAAGAUACUGAUAUACAUGAUAUUGCUUUGGCCUUGGAAGUUGUCAGGUUUUUUUAUGACUUUCUUUGGAGAGACUGGGAUGAUGAAGAAAGUUGUGAGAAUUACACUGCACUUAUUGAAGAAAGAAUUAAUUUGUGGUGUGAUAUACAGGAUGGAACAAUACCUGGUCCUAUUGCACAACGUUUUAAAAAAACUUUGGAGAAAUAUAAAAACAAACGUGUCGAACUCAUUGAGUAUCAGAGCAAUAUUAAAGAAGAUCCAUCUGCAGCAGAGGCUGUUGAAUGCUGGAAAAAAUACUAUGAGAUAGUCAUGCUCUGUGGAUUAUUGAAAAUGUGGGAAGAUUUACGCCUCCGAGUUCAUGGACCUUUCUUUCCAAGAAUUCUGAGGCGUAGGAAAGGAAAAAGAGAAUUUGGAAAAACUAUAACACAUAUUGUAGCAAAAGUGAUGACUACUGAAAUGAUAAAGGAUUUAUCUUCAGACACACUUCUCCAACAGCAUGAUGAUUUGGAUUUGGCUUUGGAUAAUUGUUAUAGUGGAGAUACAGUAAUAAUUUUUCCAGGAGAAUAUCAAGCUGCAAAUCUUGCUUUGUUGACAGAUGACAUCAUUAUAAAGGGAGUUGGAAAGAGAGAGGAAAUUAUGAUUACUUCUGAACCUUCUCGUGACAGUUUUGUGGUGUCCAAAGCUGACAAUGUGAAACUAAUGCAUCUAUCUCUGAUACAACAAGGGACGGUUGAUGGUAUCGUGGUGGUGGAGUCUGGUCACAUGACUCUAGAAAACUGCAUAUUAAAAUGUGAAGGAACAGGAGUGUGUGUUCUUACAGGGGCUGCUUUGACAAUUACAGACAGUGAAAUAACUGGUGCCCAGGGUGCUGGUGUUGAACUGUAUCCUGGAAGCAUAGCCAUUCUGGAAAGAAAUGAAAUUCAUCACUGUAAUAACCUCAGAACCAGUGACAGUUCAAAAAGCACCUUAGGUGGAGUUAAUAUGAAGGUUCUUCCAGCACCCAAAUUGAAGAUGACAAAUAAUCAUAUUUAUAGCAACAAAGGCUAUGGAGUAAGCAUUCUUCAACCAACGGAACAGUUUUUUAUUGUAACAGAAGAAGCUCUCAACAAAAGGGCUGCUUCAGGAGAUAAAAAAGAUGAUAAAAUGCUCUUCAAAGUAAUGCAAAACCUGAAUCUGGAAAUGAAUAAUAAUAAGAUAGAAGCAAAUGUCAAGGGGGAUAUCAGAAUAGUCACAAGUUAAAACGUCUGAAUUGAUGUUAAAGUUUUAUAUUUCACAAAUUGGUUUAAUAAAUGAUUCUCAUAUCCCACUGAAAUGGUAGUUUCAAUUCAAAGCUUAAUUAAAAAAUAUUUAAGUAUCA